CGAGAAUACGGCUAACUAUAUAUUCGACCUUUGCCAGCUCCAACAAGCCCUCCUACUUUCUCUUUCCCUUGCAGCAGCCGCAGGUUGUUGCUGCCCGUGCUGUGCGUGCCUUGCAGCCCGAAAUGGCAACCAGUACGCAGGCUGCGCAAACGCUUGUGCCCAGCUAUCCUUUGCGCCACGAUAGGCCAGCCUAUCAUAUUGCCCCUCGCCAAGGAUGGCUCAACGAUCCGAACGGCCCGCUGUUUUAUAAGGGCUAUUAUCACAUGUUCUACCAGCAUGUUCCGGAGGGCUGCACCUGGUCUUUCGGCUUGGUGUGGGCGCACGCCGUCUCUCCUGACCUGGUACACUGGGAGCACCUACCGCAUGCAGUAGUGCCUACGCCGGGAGGCCUGGACUCUGAUGGCUGCUUCAGUGGCUGUGCGACAAUCGACGAGAAUGGAGUGCCCACAAUCAUGUACACG